UAUUGAUUAGACGUGUGUGUGUUGUUUCCCUUCGGUCGUAUUUGGCUGUGGCACCACCAAAGUGCAACAGCAAUGGCUACCAGCGACGGAAGUGAUUAUUUUAAACGGACCAGUCUGUUUUGGGUCGUCACAAUUACGGUGGCAGUUGGAUACUUUUCUUUCAUUGUGUUUGCACCAGAAAAAAUCCCAUUCGAUCACCUUGGCCCGUUCGGCAGCUUCUGCAGAUACCUAGUGGAUAACCAUGCUGACCUAAUGUACAAAGGGUGGUGGGCAGCUUUUGCCAUUCAUGUUGGCGAAGGCGUCUAUUCUUUAAAGGUUUGCAGCAACAAAGGGAUCAGCAGCCCAACCACUCGCUUUCUGUGGUUCUUCCAGACCUUUCUGUUUGGCAUCGCCUCCCUUGGCCUGCUCCUUAAGUACAACCCGAAGCGUCUCAAAAAGCACUAACCCCAGCAAGCGGUGCCUUCGGAGCAAUACAGCUGAAUCUUGACAUUCAUGGUGCCUUUUCUUAAGUUUGAUGACCCUUUUAUGUGC